AUGCAACUCAAAUCCCUCCUCCCCCUCCUCGCCGCCGCCUCCCCCGCCGCGGCCCUCGGCAAAGCCACCGUCGUGAACAACUGCGCGACCGAAGUCUCCCUCUGGUCCGUCGGCUCCUCGGCGGUCUCCGCGGGCGCGCUCUCCCCGCGCGGCGGCUCCUACGCCGAGACCUUCGUCCGGGACGCCGUGACGGGGGGCAAGACGCUGAAAGUCACGCGCGCGCGCGACGGGCUGUUCACGGGGGCGCCGCAGCUGAAUUUCGCGUACAACCUCGACGGCGCGCAGGUGUGGUACGAUCUCAGUACCGUGUUCGGGGACGCGUUUCAGGGGAACAAGGUCGUGGUGGCGAGUCGGGCGGCGACGUGUCCGAGGAUUGAAUGGGGAGCCGGUACGAAUCCGGGGGGGAGCCAGGUUAAGGUGUGUACGAGCGAGCAGGAUGUUGUUUUGACGCUUUGUGCUUAG